CCUACCCCUUCUCCAUCCUUGUCAAACCUAUACGUGGAGGUUGUUGACUGGUGUGUGAAAAGUACAGGUCCGCGCUGUGGGAAAUACUCAUAUCUGAGCAGCGUUUCAAUUUGCUUGUCUUCAUUGCGGACUGCAAGGUUGUGAAGGGACAGUCAAGAGUUACCGGUUGGGACUACGAGAGGCAAGGAAGCAUGUCAAAAAAGGUGGCGGUAAGCAUGGAAGAAAACCCACCUAAGGUUAACAAGUGGGAUGGAAAUGCUCUCAAGAAUGCUCUUGAUGAUGCAGUAAAAGAUGUGCUGCUAACACAGUUCAGCUAUGUGGAAAGCCACAAACUGCUUGAUGGCCGCCUUAUCAUCUCUUCUGUUGCUGUGGGAUUCUCAAUCUUUGCCCUUGUAUGGGACUGGCUCUAUCCAUUCCCUCAGUCAAGGACUGUGAUGUGUGUGUGUGUGGUGUCUUACUUUGUGAUGAUGGGCGUGCUUACUUGGUAUACCACCUGCCUAGAGCGUGGCAUCUUCUGCACUGCCCUUAACAAGGAUGCUGCUGGCAUUGACCCUGAUGAUGUGUGGAAUGCCUCGUCAUCUCUCAAGAGGUUUGACAACAAGUAUCACUUGCGGCUUACUCAGCGUAUGGGUAAAUCUGGGAAGGGUAAAGAAGCACACACUACACUCACUGUAGAGAACUUCUUUGACGAGACUGGUCGGCUGCUUUAUGGUGCUGUGGCCAAGGAAGUACUGCGCCUCCACUCUGAUGUGGAGAAUAAAAAGAACUAGCAAAAUUCAGGUCAGGGGUGUGGAGAUGGAGUUGAGGAUUCAAGGAGCCAGAUACUUUUGGCUGGAUUUAGAGUUGGUAAAAACAUCCCCAACUUUGAUUCUUCUUCUGGAUCAGUUCUCAUGUAAAUUAUUUGGGUACACUGCUAGGCCCAUUCUACCCUUUUGUGGUAAAUUCUUACAAAUUUAUGAGAGAAAUUAACUCUAGUGGGAGUUGAUUUCAAGCUUGUGAUUUGUGGAAUAUUUAAUGGGAAUACUGAUUUAAUAAAAUUUUUUGAAAAUUUUCCAUUUUGUGAAGUUUUACAUGUAGUCAUGUGUAGAUGAUUUUUAUUUACAUCUUGUGUACAAUCUUGCAGUAAUGCUGUAUGCUGUGUAUCUACUACUGUACUACAGGAAAGGGGGAGGGGACAGAAUUGGAGUCAGAGUUGCAACCUUUAAGUUUCUUGGGAGUCAGAUUUUUAAGAAUUUGACUUGACACCACUAAUUUAGGUUCCCUCUAUCAUUAGGAUUGAUAUUGCUUUGUUUUUAUUAUUCUUUCACAGUACAGUAAAUAUGUUAAGUACUUAGUGAUCAGGUCAUUGUAAUGUCAGUAUUCAGACAGAAUCUAGUACCUUAAUGCAUUCAGGUACAUCACAUUCUCAUUGUAUUUUGACUGGGAAGAAAUGGUUUUGUACACUA